AUGAUUCAAACAAAUACAACUGGCACGAAAGUUCCCCAUUUCAAAAACUUUUUUGAUUUGAAACUACCGAAUAGCAUCCGGAAAGCAAAAUCCAGUUCUGCAGUUGGACCAAAUUAUAUAAAUAGUCCGAAAACAGAGAAACCGCCAAUGUUGACAUUACCACCAGAAUAUUUAUUGUCACCGGAUUUCCCAUCGCCAGAUAAAGUUCAGAAUAACGGUCUAGCAGUUCCAGCGAGUCCGGGAGACAGUAGUUCGCUGGUCUCCCGGGGUUCAUUUUCAAGUAUCAAUAGUCUAGCGACGACAUCAACAGGAGUCGCCGCAUCCGAAGUAACAUUCACGCUGUUCCUACCGUUGAUACGAGAACUAAAACAAAAGGUCGAGAAAAUAACACGCAGAUGCCAACUUGCAGAACAUUAUCGUCGCAUUUGUAGUGCAUUAUUAGAUCGAGCGUUAAUAGCUGACGAUGCAAUACGAGAUUUCGAGAGUCGACAACAUGAAGACGAAUUUUGGAAAUCAAGGUUUAAUUUUUUGUGUAUUAAAAGACUUGCCGAGGCUGUCGAUCAAAUUGAGGAUUUCAUACGGAAUGUGUCACAACUUCGACGAUAUCGAAGGUUUAUUAAAAAGAACAAUGUACAAUUUACGUUUCAGCAUUUAGCAGCUGAAAUUGAUGCUACGCUAAGAGAUUUGAAUAUUAUUUCGUCGGAUGCUGACCAAUUUCAGCAUGGACAAGAUAUAAAGGUCGUGGAAGAUGAUUCGAAUGAUAUGUCAAGGUUUCUACAAGAAAUUCGUGGUGGUAUUACUGAUCCAUUUGGACAAGUAUCACGUGAAAUAGAAGACAUAUAUACACUAAAUGCAACAUAUCGUAUACGCAAACCAGUAGUACCUGCACUAACAGCAUCCGCAAUGAUAGAUGUUUCAACGGUGGACAGAUUAACACCACCAGUGCAGCCAAGCAUGAAUGUCGAAAAGGCAACCUGGAAUAAUAUGAAUGUAGCAUUGACAAAGAUCAAACGACAAUUCAAAGAUGAAGACGUAAAUGGUAAAAACAAAAUACGAAACAACGUAGCGAUCCUAAAAAGAAUCGAAAACUCCAUGAACAUAAUCACAUUCCACGGCGUGAUCGAAGAAUGGGACGAGACGAAACGAAUGAAAUCCCUAUUCGUAGUAACCGAAUGGGCCGAAUUCGGAAAUCUACGAGAAUAUUACAAGAAUUUCGGCCCGUUGUCGUGGACGAGGAAAUUGUCGAUAGCUGUUGAUGUGGCACGAGGACUGAAUUUCCUGCGAGCUGUUGAUAUUCUGCAUUAUGAAUUGACGACAGAUGCUAUUUUGAUAACGGCGGAUCAUCGUGCAAAGAUUUCGGGAUGCGGUUUGAACUUUUUCUCGUCGGAAAAUGGACGGGCUAACAGUACGGAUCGAAUAAGUGAUAUGGUUGACAAGUACCGGUAUUUAGCGCCAGAGAAAUUGAAGUCGGACUUUGCGUAUGAUGUUAAAUGUGAAAUUUAUAGUUUUGGAAUGUUACUAUUGGAGAUUGCAGAAGAAAAUCUACCAUUGCACGGACACAAUUAUAAAACAGUAAUUGAAGCAUUACGAGAAAACACAUACAGGCCACAAGAACUAUUUACACGAACAAAAAUGGCACCCAAAGAAUAUCGAGAACUUGUACUUUUAGCAAUAAGCCAUGAACGAAGUCGUCGCCCCCCAUUCUCUGAAAUGUUCCUUUCCCUAAAUGCAAUGCUGAGACGAUGCAGAGCUGCAGAAGCAAUAAUAGACUAUGAAUCAUUAGUCCCCACGCCGACUUUAACAACUACGUCUACAUCAGUAACUUCGUCACCGUCUGAUUGUGGUUUUGAGGGCGAAAUCUUGAUUGGGCUUUCGGAUGAAUUACGGAAUGGGUUGGCGCCUUUCGAAGCAAUCGAAGAUGAAUUUUUGAUUUGA